AAAAAGGAAAUGAGAAAAGAACAUAAUGUCAACUAGACAAAAAAAGGCUGAAAGCUGAUUGAACAGAGACACCAGUCUGUUAAAUGACAUCUGUUUGUAAUUCUCUUGAAAAAGGAGUUUACUAUUUUGGAGGACAUUUCACCUGUAACUUCUGGAUUACAGUUAAUACAGAGAGACAGACAGACAGACAGACAGACAGACAGACAGACAGACAGACAGACAUUUUAUAGGCCAAACAAUUAAUAAGAUAACAUAGAUGAAGUACUUGUUUAAUCCCAAAGGGAAAUUAGAUCACUCUGAGGUAGAAAAGAAAUAAUAAAAAACAUGUAUAUAUACACAUAUGCACUAUAUCCCAGAAGCUAAUAUGUUCCCUAUAGCAGCUGUAUCAGCUUGUGGAGGCUAUCAGAAAGAAUAUAGUAAUAUAGUUAGAUAAAAUGUAGAACAAAUGAACAACCCAUCAGUCCACUUCUCUUCUGAUCUCUUCAGCACUCAUGAACAACAAGCUUUGAACAGGGGGGUCAGUGUGACAGAAGCAGCAGUAUAUAAAUAUGUGACAUCUUGCAGGCCACAGAGAUAUAAGAUUAUUUUAUUAUAUUCUGAAUAUAAUAAUAAACCCUCUAUAUGAAUCAUCCUUGCUACAUAUUCUUAGGUGCCUGAACUGCUAAUAGUUUUUUAUGUAAUCUCCUUGAGUAAUUUAUUUUCACUUUUCACACAAACCUUUUAUUCAGUCUAUUUAGAAACGGUGUCCCACACAUUAGAUAUACAGAGAGCAGUUUAACAUGUCUGGUGUCAGAAUAAAUGCCAGUAGCUGAAGAGCAGAAUAAGACGAAUGAAUACACCAAUAGCUAGGCUACUCUGUCAUCGGGACAUUGCUCCGUUUGUAAAGACUCAAUUUAUUCUUAUUUAUACAUUCUUACAACCUUUGGUCGAUUUUAUAACCAUAAAAUAAUUUCCAAAGCAUUUCCCACACGAAAUCAUAUUUCUGCGCCACAUUAAUUCGCAAAUAAAUGUGGAUUUUAGCCUUUGCUUUCCCUCUGAUCUUUAGUCUGUUAUUGUUAGAACAACACAUGUCUUUAUUGAUUUUCAGAUAGGCUGCACAACGCCAUAUUUCCCCCAAACUCUUCAAAUACAAGCAGAGCGGCUGAAGAACACAUCAUGCAAUGCAGCAUGAUCCUCCUCUAGGGAUUAGAGGCAGAGGUGAACAACACCUGGAUUUGCGGGGUGGUGGGGUGUGGGGUGUGCCAUCUGAUCUGGGUAUAAGAAGCGGGCACGCCUCCUCAGCUGUCAGCAGCGGUGGAGGCCGAGCAGUGGACGUGCGCGUGUCUCUGCGUGGAGUUAUGGCUCUUUUCUUGGACUCAGACUUUUCUUUCCUCAAACAGAACCAGCAGAAAGAGAUGAUGGGGUUCAAGGCGUUAUAUGGAGAGCAGGAUCACUGCAAAGAUGUCCGGGGUGAGACCGGGGUGUCCUCUCCGGAGCCGGAGAGGGCCGCCGGUUUGACGGAGGGCCAGAGGAAAAGGAAGCGGACCAUCUUCAGCCGAGCCCAGCUGUCUGAGCUGGAGCAGGCCUUCGCUGUGACUCCCUACCCGGACAUCACCCUGAGGGAGAGGCUGGCCGCGCACACACACCUGCCCGAGAGCAAGAUACAGGUGUGGUUCCAAAACAGAAGAGCCAGAAGUAUCAAGACUGGGAGACUCCCCAAGUCAACCAAGCCCGUCCUGGGAGGUAGAGGAGUUGUUGAUCCCUCCCCUGGGCCCGUGACAUCUGCUCUCCUUGCCUCAACCACCCUGGCAGACAUAUUCAGGCCAGAGCAGACCCACUCCUGUGAAGACGUCCCGCAGAUUUAUUCCGACUGGAUCCAAAUCUACAGCAACCCGGUAUCAUCUCCACCAUCUUCCUCGUCUCUCCACCCGCAGCCCGGCUCCUCAAAGCCAUCAGAGUCUCGUCUCUGGGAGGAGGAGCAGCACCACCACCACCACCAUCACCAGCGGCAGCACCUGGGACCGGCAAUCCCCAGCUUCCUUCCUGGGUCAUUUCCUCAGCCCAUCACCAGGCAGCCUCACCACGCGGCCCCCACCCACUCCUACCAGGCCUUCAGGAACUUCAAACCCCAGAGUAUGGCUCCAUCUGGUGCUCAUCAGGCCAUGUACGGAGGCAGCGCCAGGGGUGGAGGUCACACCUCUGUAGACCAGGUAGUCCCCUCCCACCCUCAGUCGGUGUACUGGGAGGUAACUCAGGGCCAAGGUCACCACCACCCACACCAUCACCCCCCACAAAUGGGACCACAGACCUCCAUGGGCUACAUCUCAGACCUGAUCUACAACGCUGCAAUUGUCACCAACUUUUUGGAAUUCUGAUCAGUCUGGAUGAACUUCGGGAAAUAUGAAUACUUUGUAAGUCAACAGGGAUAGCUGUAGCUGAAUAGGGCUUCCAUUUCUAUCAGUGUUUCCCUUGACAACGCCUCCUCUGUCUGUCCUGUGUGUUGAGCUUGUGGUUCCUCAAACCUCUAUAUACUUCAGAGUUGUUUUAAGUGGUUGUUGGCUUGUCCUUGUCCUGUCUUUUUACUAUGUUCCAGUCAUGUUCUGAAAUAUGUUUGGGAGUGAUUUGGUUCAUUUCACCCCGGUUCAAUUCGCAGUAUUUUACAGUUGCUUUGGCUCAGUUUUCACAACAGAGUUUCAGCGUGAAAAACGUCAAAUGCAAACAGUCAACACUAAAUCACAUGCUGCGGGCUCGGAACACACGUUUCACUGCUUACAACUGAGCAUCACUGAGUCACACAUGUGACGUUCAUUUUGCUCAUGUCAAAAAUAAUGGCAGUGGUGGAGAUUUAAAUGUCAAAUGUUUCAAUGUAUUGUGUGUUGCUGUAAAUUGUGAUGUACUGUCAUAGCGAUGUUUUCCAGCAUUACUGUAGCUUAUUGGAUGUAUGUAGGAUUUGGCGACUUGAAUAGAUCGAUACAGAACGUAGAGAGUAAACUGACGCAGUGAAGUUCGAUCACAAUCAUCAUUUUGUCUUAUAUGACUGUUCAAGUUUCAAAUCAGACUUUGGACUACGUUAUCUACUGAAUAUUUACAACAAUACAACAUGUCCAAUAAAUAAACUGAACACUUUCAAAAGUCAUUCUUACACUACAUUUUACAAAUGCUGACUUCUGCUGGAAUUGCACCUUUUUUCCUUCAUUGUUAUUUGUAUUAUUUUGAGGAAAUGACCACCACAGAUUGUGUUUGGAUGAGACGUGGCUACUGUUUGACUGCAAUGCAAUUCCCUGAUACAUGCACUCUAAGGGGUAUUACCUAAUUUGAUUUGAGAGUUAUGUAAAAGUUUAGCAAAUUGAAACUCUUUGUGGAAUGAAAACUGAGCCAAAGCGACUGUAAAAAUAUGUGAAAAGGUCUCAGGACUUUUUCCAGCACAGCACGUUUCCAGUCUCAUUCUGAUGUUUUCAAAUAAACCCAGCAGUGAAAUCA